AUGUCGGCUCUUCGUCCAAACCAUAGGGAAAAGGCCGUCCCCAAAAACCUAAAUGGCCUCAUCGACCCGACGAAGACGGGCAAAUACCCCGUCAUCCUGAGUGACACUCUCCUCGGGCGUACCCAGAAGGAGGUCUUUACCUCUGUACGAUACAACCACAAGCCAGAACUAGCCUCGGAGCCAGCGACGGCCAGAUUAAAACCCGAAACCCCUGGCAGCAAGUCGAGCUUCGACCUCUCCUUUCCCGACGGCAAUAAUGGCAUGUACGGCUACGCCGGCACUCGAACCAUGGACGACAACCAGUAUGUCCUCUACUUCGACCCCAACAGGAAAGCCUUCAUCCUCGACAAGGUCGACUCCACCUUCCAUAUGAACGUCACCCGCACCCCGAGCAAUGACAACCCCGAGACCCUGCGCCAGCAGUUCGAGCAGCUCGAUACCUCCAUAACCGCCACUCCCGAGGUUCGCAAAUCAGCCGUCGAAGGCAAGGACAAGCCCCCCCCGAAGCCAGCCUCCAAAGCCGCUGCCAGCAGCGGUCCCAAGCGGCCCUCGGCCAGCAGCAACAAGAAAGCCCCCAAGCCCCGUCCACCGCCUGCGCCCAAGAACAUCACCCUCGCCCUGCCGACCAACGACGCGCCCCCGCCGAAGGCCGCCUCCCCGGCCAAGAAGAAGGACAAGGUGCCCGCGGGCUCGGACGAGGAGGAGGAGGACGAUGACGACGACUUUGGUUUGACGAUAGAGUACCCCGACGAGCAUAAGAACAAGAAGCCCGACUUCUCGCCCGCCUUUGCGCCCAACAUCCAGGUCCGCAGUUUCUCCGACUUCUUGCGGGACUCCGAGGCCGACGAUGCCGACGGCGAGUCGGACCUGGAGGAGCGCGAUUUUGCAAACUUCAAUCUGCCGAGCCCGAUGAACGGCCAGGCGCAGCGGCAGCAGCACCACGACCAGGAUGAGGAUGCCGAGGGCGAGGUGGAGCAGAUGGACGUUGACUCGGAGCCCGACUUUGAGGAUGCGUUGGAGGACGAUUUGGAGGCGGAGCUGGAGAAGGAGCUGGAGGCUGCGAACAGCGGUGAUGCCGAGGAGAGCGAGGUCAGCGAGGAAGACUAA